AUGAACCCUGCUUGCAUCUUGGCAUUGCUUGCUAUCGUCUCAGCUGCAUCGGCAUUCGUUGGUCAAUCACUGCAAAAAAACGAAAUCGUUAGAAGCUCAUCGAAUCAAGCUGAUUUUGACCGGCCUUCUACUUUUCUGGACGAAGAUUUCAAUGAUGACGAUCUCAAUGUGACAUUCCUCGACGAAGACGACAAUGAUCAAGAAGAUGUCAAGCCAAACGGCGAAGGCAGAAAACGGUGGGAAAAUUUGAAUCCGAAGAUCAAGCAACGACUGAUUGAGCGGGGCCAGGCGAAGGCGAUAGCCAACAAAAAGAAACGAGAACCAGCAGCAGAGAAGAAGCGACGUAUGUUGAUGCAUUACAAGAAGCUCCAACAAGAGCAGAAGAGAAGUUCUAGAAUCGAGCGUCCGUUAGGUUUUGAGGAGAGAGCCCCUUUAUCUGCAUUCCCCACUGGAAUGGAAGUGACAGGUACUGUCAUUUCACUGACAAAUUAUGGUGCAUAUGUUGAUGUUGGAACCGAGUGCGAUGGAUUGCUGCACAUUUCACAAAUUACACGCGACUUUUUCGUGGAGCACCCGAGGCAGGCACUGACACCUGGAGAAGAAAUUCUUGUGAAGGUACGAUCUUCCAGUCCAGAGCUGAAAAAGUUGCAAUUGACGAUGCUUGCUAUCGAGGAAUCAUUAGGCGUAGAGGACGAAGAUGACGACGAAGAAAGGAUUCAGCUGAAUGAAAUUGAGAUCGAUGAUGAGCUGUGGGGAGAAUUGAAACGUGUAACAGAUUUCGGUGCAUUCGUUGAGGUUGGAGCUGAAGUUGAUGGAUUCUUGCAUUUCAUGGACCAUCCGUCGUGGGAGAAUGGAAUGUCACCAUCGGAGUUUAUGCAUUUUGGUGAUCGGGUUCGUGUCUGGGUUUCGGAUGUGGAUAUGGAUCAAAGGCGCGUCAAGCUGACUGCCAACCGGCCAUCAGGGUUGCCUGGACCGAAACGAGAGAUGUAA